AACUUGUUAUCUGAAUACUUUGAAUUGAAAGAGAGAUCUAUUGAGAUGGCUUGUGUUGCUUUGACUUCUCUGAUGGCAACAAUUAAGCUACAUGAAGGGUUUAUAUCAAUGGAAUCUUUGUAUGAAAAGCUUUCAUCUUUGCAAGCUUUUGUGCAGGAGAAAUCUGCGGCAAGGGGUGGCACUGCAAUCAGAGAUCUGGAGAUACAGAUGAGAGACUUUGCACUGGAUGCCGAAGACCGCAUCGAAAUACAACUAAGCAACUUUCUUCUGGCCAACAACGGAGAGGAUCAACAAAAAGCUGCAGAGAAACUCCAUCAAACCUUGGGAGAAGCAGCAGAAAACGCAGCGGAGUUGCUGGAAAAAAGCAAGGAAUUGGAAACUGAUGAUGAACAAGUGGUGAAUGAAAGUGAAGGAUCAGUGAUGAUUCCUUGGUUAAAACAUGAUUCCGCUUCGGAGCCCAGCAAUGUCGUUAUGGUGGGUCGUCGCCGUGAUCGUGAGCUGAUAAUGUACAAACUCAUUUCGAUGUGGUGGUCUAAGAAACUAGAAGUGAUCUCAAUUGUUGGGAUGGCCGGCAUUGGGAAAACAACUUUAAUUAGUAGUGUCUAUAACGAUCCAUUAGUUGCAGAGCGUUUCGAUGUACUAAGUUGGGUUUCUAUGCCUGGGGGAUACAAUAGUGGGAGCCAACUGCUACACAUCCUUCUUUGGACACUACAAGCUGCAGGGGCAGAAGAAAGAGAAAAGAGAAGGAUUCCUGAUCAUCUAGCAGCUGAGCAGCUAUGCAAAUGCUUGAAAGGUAAGAGAUAUCUAAUUGUUUUGGAUAACUUAUGGAACAAUCAAGCUGGGUAUGAUAUCCGACAUUGUUUACCAGAUGAAACAAAUGGAAGUCGCAUAGUGAUAACCACUACGCAUUUUUUAAGGAGGGGGGAUAAUUAUGCUUACUCAAAUGACAAUAUUCAUAACAUCACUUUGCUAAAUCAAGAAGAAAGUUGGGCUUUAUUUUGUAAUAAUCCUUUUCUGAAACUGAAAAAACAUAUGGAACCACCUAAAUUUCAAGAAAUUAGGAGCCAAGUUGUAGAGAUAUGCGAAGGAUUGCCAUACUCAAUUCUUGUAGUUGCAAAACGUCUAUCUAAGUGUGACAACAUAACACAAGAAUGGAAGAAGGUCGAAAAGGAAAUAGAGUUGCUUGGAGUUCUAGAUAGGAGGGCACUCACCCACACUUACAAACAAUUGCCACAACACUUAAAAGUUUGUUUUCUAUAUUUUGGAGUCUUUCCAAAACGCACUGCAAUCAAAGUGAAACUACUUAUUAGGUUAUGGAUAGCUGAAGGAUUUAUUAAUCCACCGGAAGGCAAGGAGUUAGAAAGUCAAGCUUAUGAGUAUUUACAAGAGUUUAUUGAUAGAAGUCUUAUUCUAAUUGACAAUUGGAGUUCUUCUGGAAAAGAUAAGAACUAUAGGAUGCAUAGUGCCUUGCAUAGCUUUUGUGAAGAUGCUGAUGAUAUAUUUAUAUCUUUCAAGUUGCUUAGAGUUUUGGCUUUUGCUCCAUCUUCGUUUCUUCAAAGAGUGCCAGCACGCUUGCAUGAUUUAGUCUUUUUGAGAUACCUAUAUGUUACAAAGUGGUUUGAGGGUCUUGAUUAUGUAGUGUCAACCAAUCAAAACUUGCAGACACUUGUUGUUUCUAGUAAAGAAUCCCAACUUGAAACACCUAUUAUCCCUUUGCCUUCAACAAUUUGGGAGCUACCGCUGUUACGACAUCUUGAGCUUGACAAAUCUUAUGUGAUUGAUCCUCCAAGCAUGAUUAAAGAUAACAUGCGAACGUUAUCUUGGGUGUGUUCAACUCAUUGUAGAGCAGGAGUAUAUUGCAGGUUUCCAUACAUUGAAAAAUUGAAAGUCUUUGUAUUUUGCAGCAAUCCUAUUAUUUUGGAUAAUCUUGAAUAUUUGGAACGUCUUGAGAUACUAUCAAUUUCAAUUUCAUUUGGUUGCGUUGUUACCCUUCCAAAGCCAUCUAUGUUUCCUUCACAACUAAAGAAGUUGAGGUUGAACGGUACUAAGCUUUCAGAGAGCGAUUUAAAGGCAAUUGAAAUGUUGCCUCAGCUUGAGGUUCUCAAAUUGGAAAAUGCCUUUGAUGGGAAAGUAUGGGAAGUAGAAGGAGGAUUUUGUCAAUUAAAAUUCUUGCUUCUUGAAGAUAAAACGCUUGAGCAAUGGAUGGUCGAUGAUGAAUCUUUCCCAAAUCUUGAGCACUUAGUCUUAAGAUUUUGUUAUUGUUUAGAAGAAAUCCCUAAGGCUAUAGAAUAUAUUUCGAGAUUGAGGUCAAUUGAGUUGCAGUGGUGUACUCCGUCCGUUUGCUAUUCUACAAAGCGUAUUCAAGAUUUUCGACACGAAAUGGCAGACGAUUUGUUUGAGCUCAAAAUCAUUGGAGAAGAGUCUAUACCUGCAGAUGAUGAAUGGCAAGCUAAGAGGAUAUUUGGGAAAAAUAUCUCAAAGUUGAAUCAUCAAAUACGAGGAAGAAUUGAAGAGUUGAAGUUGAUGACUACUGUAAAACUAAUCUAAAUUUGGAACACGUUCCACAC